CUUUCUCUUCGCUACACUUCUGUAUUCAGCCUUUAAUUUCAUUAUUAAUUCAUCACAUUGAUUUAUUCUCGAUCGAGGGUUUCCUUUUCUGUGUGACGUCAUCGGUUUCCAGGGCAGACGGAAUGUCUGGUCGUCUCCAAGGCAACGGAAAGCGUCAGCUGCAACAGUCCAUAACGUUCAACCAGCAUUAGCUUCUUUUACUGGAGAUUUUGAGCCUCAUUUUUUUUAUCUGUUUGCUGUUGUAGUUGUUUGCUUUUCUGAGAUUUAAGAAAGCGUACAUUUAUAUUUUUCUGAAUGGAGUCUCUUGGAGUAUCAUCGGCUCAACACCUGCAGGCACUUUCUGCCUUAUUAUCAACUCAGCAGCUGGAGGAAGAAGAAGAAGAAUGUGGAAAUGUGCCAUCCUCUGCACGGCUUGGUCCUGGACAUAUUGGCCCCCUGCCCAAAAAAGAUAAAGAAGUGUCAACUACCUACAUGAAGAAGGACAGCAAAGAUAUCUGGAGUCCGGAAGAGGUGGCUGAGGGCUCCCAGUACGAUGAUCUUUCUGACCCACGGCCACAGCCUGAGUAUGAAGUAAUCCUCAAGCAGAGUGUGGGGACAGAGGAUCUGUUCUUGGGCUUGAAUGGAAAGGAUCCAUCCUCCAUGUGCUGUGAGGCUAUGCUGGUGAAAAUAAAACUCCCAGAGACUAAAGCAACUGAUGUCGUCCUGGAUGUAAAAGAAAAAUUCCUUGAUCUGCGGACGCCAAAAUAUAAACUGGGUCUUCAUCUCCCACAUCCCACUCACAGCCCCGGGGGUAAGGCUCAGUUCUUCAGUGAGACGGAGGAACUGGAGGUGACUCUGCCAAUGAAACGCCCCAUGGAUUUUCUCAUCAUGCAAUAGGAAUGAAUGACAACAACCAACAAGGAUUGAAAAGACACAUAGAUGUGAAAAACAGUGAACAGUAGGAGAUGAAGCACACACGCUGUGAAGUGGUCAUGGAGAAAAAACUGCUUAUCAUUUCUCUGACCAUCUCUUUACACAUUUCAUGGUUAUUUCACAUCUCUGCUCACAGACUCAAUGACCAAUAAAAUGUGAGUUUGUA